GGGGGGAGAAAGGGGGAAGAGGAGGGACCCUGGCAAGUUCAGUUUGAUACCAAGUAGCGACUGGGCUGAGGGGAUCUGCUCGGAGAUGGAUAAGGAUGAGAUCCACCUGCGCAGGCUGCCAGCGCCGCACGCAGACAGGACGUUCUGUGGGGUGGAUUUUCUGCCAGAAGAUCUCAAAGAGGCUCCGGAGGAGACAGAAAUGAGGGUGAACAAGACAUAUUCCUGUCUACCUGCUGAGGAGAAGGGGAUCCACAUCAUCAACAUCCGAGCUAUAGAGGAUAUAGGAUAUGACCAGCAUGAGAGUACAUUAUUAAAUUCCCUAUCCAAAAAUCCAGAUGCUGACUGCAAAUACGGACUCUACUUCAGAGAUGGCAAGAGAAAAGUAGACUACAUCCUAGUUUAUCAGUACAAGAAGUCCUCAGCGGGGAGGACAGUCAUCAGGAGAGCUCAUAAUGAUUCAACUGCCCGGAGCACCAAGCAGGAGCAGCCCCUUCCUGGGAAAGGAGUGCAGCUGGAGAUGGGGGAAAGCGAGCCUCACAUGGAUUACCACGAAGAUGACAAGAGAUUUCGCAGGGAGGAGUACGAAGGGAACCUUGUGGAGGCUGGCCUGGAACUGGAACACGAUGAGGAUACUAAAAUCCAUGGGAUUGGAUUCGUAAAAAUACAUGCACCAUGGAAUGUGUUGUGUCGAGAGGCUGAAUUUCUUAAGCUCAAGAUGCCCACAAAAAAGAUGUAUCAGAUCAAUCAGACUCACGGUCUUCUGAAAAAGAUUAAUUCUGUCAUUCAAAAAAUAACAGAACCAAUUCAGCCAAAAGUAGCAGAACACAAACCUCAGACAGCGAAGCGCCUCUCCUACCCCUUCUCCAGAGAGAAGCAGCACUUAUUUGAUUUGUCUGACAGAGAUUCCUUCUUUGACAGCAAAACGAGGAGCACUAUAGUUUAUGAAAUAUUGAAAAGAACAACAUGUACCAAAGCAAAAUACAGCAUGGGGAAAGGAGAGGGAAGAAAGAAGGAAGCUACCCUUUUAAAUAAAAGACGAAAAUGUGGUAAAUAUGGGAUCACCAGCCUGCUUGCCAAUGGAGUUUACAGUGCUGCAUAUCCUUUGCAUGACGGUGACUGUGAAGGUGAAAAUAUUGAACCUAAUGACAGAAAAAUCCUGUGUGAGGAGUGGGCGAGCUAUGGUGUUUUUUACAAGUACCAGCCAAUCGACCUGGUGAGAAAGUACUUUGGAGAGAAGAUUGGACUAUAUUUUGCCUGGCUGGGAGUUUAUACGCAGAUGCUUAUUCCAGCUUCAGUUGUUGGGAUUAUCGUUUUCCUAUAUGGCUGUGCAACAGUGGAUGAGAAUAUACCUAGUAUGGAAAUGUGUGACCAGAGAAACAACAUCACCAUGUGUCCCUUGUGUGACAGAACAUGCAGUUACUGGAAGAUGAGCUCUGCUUGUGCGACUGCUCGUGCAAGUCAUCUGUUUGAUAACCCUGCAACUGUCUUCUUCUCAGUCUUCAUGGCUCUCUGGGCUGCCACCUUUAUGGAACACUGGAAGAGAAAACAGAUGCGUCUCAACUACAGGUGGGACCUGACUGGGUUUGAAGAGGAGGAGGAGGCAGUCAAGGAUCAUCCAAGAGCGGAGUAUGAAGCUAAAGUUUUAGAAAAAUCACUGAGAAAAGAACACAAACAUAAAGAGAAGCACCGAUAUUUUCCAGAAGAGACAGCAAACAAAUGGACACAAAGAGUUAAGACAGUCAUGGCUGGGGUGAAAAUGACAGAUAAAGAAAAGCUGACAUGGAAGGAUCGUUUUCCAGCCUAUUUAACCAAUUUUGUUGGCAUUAUCUUCAUGGUAGGGCUGACGUUCGCUAUCGUGUUUGGAGUCAUCAUAUAUAGGAUCUCGACUGCAGCAGCACUGGCAAUCAGUUCAACUCCCUCGGGCCGCUCCAGUGUUCGGGUCACCGUCACUGCCACUGCUGUCAUUAUCAACUUGGUUGUCAUCAUCAUCCUGGAUGAAGUAUAUGGCUGCAUCGCAAGGUGGCUCACUCAGAUUGAGGUGCCAAAAACUGACAAGAAUUUUGAAGAGCGGCUGAUUUUUAAGGCUUUCCUCCUGAAGUUCGUCAAUGCCUACACACCCAUCUUCUAUGUUGCUUUCUUCAAAGGCCGAUUUGUUGGACGUCCAGGAGAUUAUGUCUACAUUUUCCACUCCUUCCGAAUGGAAGAGUGUGCUCCAGGAGGUUGCCUAAUGGAGUUGUGUAUCCAGCUCAGUAUCAUCAUGUUGGGCAAGCAGCUGAUCCAAAACAAUUUAUUUGAGAUUGGCAUCCCAAAAAUGAAGAAAUUUAUGCGCUACAUGAAGUUAAAGCAUCGGCAUUCUUUAGACCAUGAAGAGCACAUGAAAAAAAAGCAGCGCUAUGAAGUGGACUAUAACCUGGAGCCUUUUGCUGGACUUACCCCUGAGUAUAUGGAAAUGAUUAUUCAGUUUGGGUUUGUGACUUUGUUUGUUGCAUCCUUCCCGUUGGCACCUUUGUUUGCUUUGUUGAACAACAUAAUUGAAAUCCGUCUAGAUGCAAAAAAGUUUGUUACUGAGCUGAGGAGACCGGUAGCAGUCAGAGCAAAGGAUAUAGGAAUCUGGUAUAAUAUCCUCAGAGGUAUUGGAAAGCUUGCCGUCAUCAUAAAUGCAUUUGUGAUCUCAUUCACAUCUGACUUCAUUCCACGCCUCGUGUACCUGUAUAUGUACAGUAAGAAUGGCACCAUGCAUGGCUUCGUGAACCAUACACUGUCUUCUUUUAAUGUCAGCGAUUUUCAAGCAGGAACAGCUCCCAAUGACCCCAUGGAUCUUGGCUACGAGGUUCAGAUAUGCAGAUACAAAGAUUAUCGAGAACCCCCCUGGUCUGAAAACAAGUAUGACAUUUCAAAGGAUUUCUGGGCUGUCCUAGCAGCAAGAUUAGCAUUUGUGAUAGUUUUCCAGAACUUGGUCAUGUUUAUGAGUGAAUUUGUUGACUGGAUUAUCCCAGACAUUCCCAAGGACAUUAGUCAGCAGAUUCAUAAAGAGAAAGUUCUCAUGGUGGAGGUCUUCAUGAGAGAAGAGCAAGGGAAGCUGCAGUUGCUAGAAACCUGGAAAGAUAAGGACAAGAAAAAAGGUGAAAACUGUAACAAUCACAGCCCCAGACUCUCCAGGAGCCACAGUGGGAGCUUGUCCUCCUGCCAUUCAUACCCUCUUGAUGUCUAGAAGAGGAGGGAAUUGAGUAUGUCGGGGCAUUCCACUGAUACACAAGCCAUUGCAUUUGGGGCAGGACUCGAUUAAUGGACAACCUGGUGCAUGUUGAAGGAUGUGCUGCCAUUUUACUCCCAUCUUUGUGAGAAACGCUCUUCUUACAAACAUGGAGGACCACAGUCUAUUUCUGAUAAUGUGUUUUUUUCUUUUGCACAAGCAGCAAUGCAGGGAAUUUUUAAUAACACUAUUGAUGGUGGUGUGUGUUAAGAAAUUCAGGUACUUAGUAUGUCUUGAUAUUCUCUGAGAAUCUGCCCUUAGCCUAUUAAUUAACUAAAGGUAACUUUUAAGUGAUAAUACUAGUCAUUUAAGUGAUAAUACUAGUAAUUUAAAAUAUUUAAAAUAUUUUUGAAACCCCAGGCUUGAAGGUCUAUGGGAUAAC